AUGUCUACUGCAUACAAGAACUCUUUCUGGGCCUGCUGCACCCCUUUUGAUCUCGGCCUCAAAACAUGCUUCUGCCCUUGCUUUGUCUCUGGCCGCAACCACCACCGCAUUGAAUAUGGCAACGACGAUGACUACUCUAGCUGCAAUGGAUGGUGCUGUGGCUGGUGCGGACUCGCCGUCAUCGGAGGAUUCUCAUUUGUAUUGCAAAUGCUUGAUCGUCAGAAGAUGCAGAAACAACAUGGUCUCGAAGGAAAUGCCUGCACUGGGUGCAUGGGAUCGUGCUGUUGUGCCUGCUGCGAAUUAAUGCAAACCAGCAAGGAACUCGAUUAUAUUCUCCUUGAGAAGAAUGCUGGAACGAAGGGAUACCAAGCUCUACCAGGAAUGGUUGCUAGUCCUCAACCUGGCGCUUUUAGCUGA